UCACUGCAGGUGUAUGAACAGCAUUGCUUCUGCAACCAAAGCCUUUACUCACCACAUCUUAGGAAGAGAAUGGCCACUUCCUGGGGGGCAGUCUUUUGCAUGCUGGUGGCAUCCUGUGUUUGCACCACUGUCUUCCACAGAGACCAGCAGACAUGGUUUGAGGGUGUCUUUCUGUCUUCCAUGUGCCCCAUCAAUGUCAGUGAUAGCACCUUAUAUGGAAUUAUGUUUGAUGCAGGCAGCACUGGCACGCGAAUUCACGUUUACACCUUUGAGCAGAGAAUGCCAGGACAGCUUCCAGUUCUGGAAGGAGAAAUUUUUGAUUAUGUGAAGCCAGGACUUUCUGCUUUUGUAGAGCAACCCAAGCAGGGUGCUGAGACUGUUGAAGGACUCUUGGAGGUGGCCAAAGAGUCAAUCCCCCAGAGUCACUGGAAAAAGACCCCAGUGGUCCUAAAAGCAACAGCGGGACUCCGCUUACUACCAGAACAGAAAGCCGAAGCUCUUCUCUUUGAGGUAAAAGAAAUCUUCAAGAAGUCACCUUUCUUGGUACCAGAUGACAGUGUUAGCAUCAUGGAUGGAUCCAAUGAAGGCAUCCUGGCUUGGAUUACUGUGAAUUUUCUUACAGGUCAACUGCACGGUCACGGCCAUGAAACUGUGGGCACUCUCGAUCUGGGGGGCGCUUCCACACAGAUCACGUUCCUUCCUCAGUUAGAGAAAACCCUGGUUCAAACCCCACGGGACUACCUCACUUCCUUCGAGAUGUUUAACAGCACUUAUAAACUCUACACUCAUAGUUACUUGGGAUUUGGAUUGAAAGCUGCAAGACUAGCAACCAUGGGCGCCCUGGAAACAGAAGGGAUUGAUGGACACACCUUCCGAAGUGCAUGUUUGCCAAGAUGGUUGGAAGCAGAGUGGGUCUUUGGGGGUGUGAAAUACCAGUAUGGUGGCAAUCAAGAAGGGGAGAUGGGCUUUGAACCCUGUUAUGCUGAAGUGCUGAGGGUGGUCCGUGGAAAACUUCAUCAGCCAGAUGAGAUCCGAAGAAGCUCCUUCUAUGCCUUCUCAUACUAUUAUGAUCGAGCCGCUGAAACCAACCUGAUCGAUUACGAAAAGGGGGGAGUUUUGAAAGUCGAAGACUUUGCAAGGAAAGCAAGGGAAGUGUGUGAUAACCUGGAGAACUUCAGCUCAGGCAGUCCCUUCUUGUGCAUGGACCUCAGUUACAUCACCGCCUUGUUGAAGGAUGGCUUUGGCUUUACAGACAGCACUGUCCUACAGCUCUCAAAGAAAGUGAACAAUAUAGAAACAGGCUGGGCCCUGGGGGCUACCUUUCACCUGCUGCAGUCUCUGGGCCAGUCCCACUGAGGACACACCUUCAGAGGACAUGUCCCUCAGAGGCCACAUUUGCUGCUGCCUUUGCAAGGGGAGGGACGAAGACCCCGCCGUGUUUUAGCCGAACUGGGAACUGCAUCUACUGGAACCCCAGCUGACUUCAUCAGAGGAGGGGCUUUGUUGGUGGAUCUUGCCCUUGAAUUGAGAGAUGU